AUGUUUUUCAAUUCGUUCGCUAUAAUAACUGUUGCUUCCUUGCAACUCUUUCUUUCAGCAGCCAACCCAUUGGCUGAGGCCCUAGCUGCAGCUUUGCCAAAACCCUUAGCUGAGGCACUUGCUAAGGCUGAAUCGGCUUCUUAUGGUUGUCAUGCUAAUUGUGGAUACAGUAUUUUGGCUGCUAGAAAGUGUGCUGAAGAUGGUGAAUCAGACACAGGUCCAUACGAUUUGGAUUGUUUAUGUGCAGAUGACUCCCAAUUUAACCAGUUGAUGGUAGAUUGUUUAGAUUGUGCAUGGUGUUUAUAUGAUGACUACUGGCCAUUUUUAACUGUGGCUAUUUCUGAAUGUUCUACAAUUCCAACUACUCCAACAGGUACUACAUGUUUACCAUCAAGUCUUGCAACUGUAGACGCUACUGGAAGCGAAUCCUCAGCUGAAACUACCGCAAGUGAUUCUUCAGCCGAAGCCACUGAAGAAAGCUCAGAAACUGUUACUAUAACUGCCACCUCUGGAGGCUUUUCCAACUCAACUGCCACCUCUGUUGUUUCAACUCAAAGCAAUUACAACUCAACUAUCUCCAGAUCAAGCAGCUCUGGAAUAACAUCUGCUUCCUCUGGCUCCUCUGGCUCCUCCGAAUCAUCUGAAUCAUCUGAAUCAUCUGGCAGCUCUACGGUUGAGGACAGUGAAGAAGCUUCUGCUACUGAGUCAGAAUCUGCUUCAAGUAGCACCUCCUCUUCCGGUUCUGGCUCCAAUGCCAUUAGAACUGGCCUUGUUGGAACUCUCUUGAUGACUGUUUUCUCUGUUUUGUUUAUGUGA